AACAGUGUUUCAGGAAAAGGUCUUGAGAAAGAGUCACACUGGAAAAAGUAUUUUUUUUCUCACUUAAUACUCACGAGAGAGAAGAAGAAGAAGAAGAAACAUGGGAAGUUGACGACUGAAAAUAAACACUGCUUAAAAUUUGAUGAGGGUUAAGAAUAAUACAAUCAUUUCAAAAACACUCAUUCUGACCCAUUUCAAACGAAUGGCUUUCACAGCAGUUACACAGUUCCUGCUGAGUCGUGUAUCCUUAAAUUGAGAUUGUAAGGAUUAAUUCAGCUAAUAAUUGGUUUGUGUAAGUGAUGCAUGAGGCGUUAAUUAGAGGACGAACACAUGAAGACAUUGUGCUGAAUAAUUUAGGUAAGGGAAAAAGAAGGAAGCUUGAUGUGUUCAGCAAAAUAUACUCAGAAAUCCAAGUGUCAUCACUUCACAGUUCAGAGCACGUGUAAGUUGUCUGGUGAAAGAAAAAUAUAAAUCAAGAAUCUUCCAAGUCAGGAAAUAUUAGAAAGAAACAAGUAUGAGUCAAGCGCCUCAGUGGCGUGGUCAGUAUGGUGUUGGCGUGCCAUCUCGGUGGUCGCGAGUUUGAUUCUCGGGCAUUCCAUUAAGGAGUGAGAGAUGUGUAUUUCUGGUGAUAGAAGUUCACUCUCGACAUGGUUAGGAAUUCACAUAAAGCUGAAUAACCACUGGUUCCAUGCAAUGUAAAAACGCCGUACAAACAAACAAGACGGGUACGAGUCAAAGGAAAAUAUACAAAAGGUAGGUAAAGGAGUCUGGAUCAAAUAGAGAGACACGAUGGAAAUGUCUGCCAAUAUCUCCUGUCAUUUCUCGUCAAGGCGCCAGAUGAUCACAAAUCAGUCAAUCUGACGGUUGCUAACACACAUGCACUGUGGCUUUUGGAUGUUGAGCCAGACUACCCCAUCCCCAAAAGUGCCAAGGCUGGGUAUCAUACCACCUAUUUUUGUAUAUACAGUUGUUGACCACAAGCUUUCUCAGUCAUAGCAACAUAUCACAACAUCCAGUUUUUUCCCAAAUUUUACUGCCAAGUUUUCAUAAUUCAAUCAAUCAGUAACUACAAAUUCUUUAAGUCAAGAGACAAAGACUACAGUAUCUGAUUUAUGAUGACGUUUCAGUGAAAACCACCAUAGAUGAUCAAGGUAGCAGAAACUGUACAAUUUUCACAAAGUACAGUACCUAUGCCGAUUGUGAAAAACCUUCCAGCAUUGUCCCUAUGUUAUGGUGAAUGUUAAGUAUCUUUCACUAUAUUUCACAAAUGAAGCUGAAUAAAGUGACUAUAGUAGAGAAAAAUAUUUUGGGUUUUUAAUAUGUUAAGAUGAAGGACUGAGAGCGGGAUCCCAGGAUGACACGAGGCCAGCUCAACCUAACCCAACGAGGUAUGAAGAACAAUAAGGGUUGAUACUGAUAGUGGAAGAAUUGAAGUGGGUGAUUCCUCUACAUGUUUUGGAGUAGGUAAUUAUGAUGAUGCUCGGAUGAGAGAAGAGGCCAGUUACAAAACGGUUGAAGCAAAAAAGGCGCCUAGCAGUGUGGAUGCGGAAGAGUGGUAAGACACUGGAUUUUUUUUCUGAAAGCCAAAGUGGGAAGGUAUGAGGGGGAUUUUGAGUCAACCUUCUGAAGCUGUCAAGAUGAAAUGUUCGUCUCUUGUACCUUGAGCAAGAGCUGAAGGGGGAAAAAUGUGGAUAUCAGUAGAAAUAGUACUUUGGCCAAAGGUCAUUCCUGUGCCUGCAGUCCAUCUUCAAGUCCUUUGAAUAAUUAGGCAGAAUCUAGACACAGUAUUUGUAUUCUGACACCAAGUAUUUAUUUAACAAACAAUGCAGCAUUCAGGUGACACUGACCAUAUCAAGGAGAUCUUGCAUUUUUAAAAUUGAUACAACUACAGAAAAGAUAAUAAUCCAGGGUGUUUUUAUUGUUGGGAACAUUGAUCGCAUGUUGGAAGUUGUCACGUUACAUCGAGGAUCAACUUGAAGCCAUUUCUUCUUGGUAGGAGUAAUAUAGAUGUGCUGAGUGAGCAUUGGAGAGGGAAUCUGUGAGAUCUGCUGCUUACAGAUGACCUGGUUUUAACAACAGAUGCAGAAGAACUACAGGAGAGUUACAGAGCUUGUUAGAAGUGCCUGGAAAGAGGGCUCAAAGUUAGUGAUGUAGAUACUGGAGAACUACAGGAGGGUUACAGAGCUUGUUAGGAGUGCCUGGAAAGAGGGCUCAAAGUUAGUAAUGUAGCUACAGAAGAACUACAGGAGAGUUACAGAGCUUGUUAGGAGUGCCUGGAAAGAGGAAUCAAAGUUAGUGAUGCAAGGACAGAGGAGAGAGGAACUACAAAUAAGGCCAGGAGAUGGCGAGGAAUUAAAACAAACCAAUAGUUUUAAGCACGUGGAUUUUGUCAUUAGCAAAGAAAGAGGUACGACUGAGAAUGAAAGCAGCUUGGGCCAAAUGGAAGCAGGUUUUUGGGGUGUGAUCGUUAACAAGAUUCCUUUUAAACUUAGGAUUAAGGUCUAUAAAAGAGUGGUCAGACCAGUGUUGCUGAAGGGUGCAGAAACGUAUGCAAUGUGCAGGAAAGAGAGGGAGCCCUGGAUAGGACUGGUGAGAAUGUUGAGCUGGAUCCUUGAAGUGUCAUUGCUGGAAAGAAUAAAAGUGAACAAAUGAGAAGAUUUGUGGGGGAUUGUUAGUUUGGUCGGUUGUGAAAAAACAGAUAAACCAGAGAAAGUAGGAUGAGGUGGUAUAGUCAUGUGGUUUGUAGGGAUGAGAAUGCUCUUGUUAAGAAAGUGUAUGACAUGGACGUGGAGGGUAAAAAGAGACAUGAAAUUGCUGGGUGUAGAAAUACAGAUGCCGAAGGAAGACUUGAGCUGCCAACCCUAUAGAUGGGAUUAAGGUCAUAUGAAGAAGGUAUUUGAUUUCUCCUCUCAACAGCUCUAAACAAAGGUCAUUCAUCCGAUUAAAAACAUUGCCCAGAUCACUGCUCUUUGUUCUUUUGGUCUCUGCUGCAAAGUGGCCUUUCUGUCACUUGUCUGUCGAAAUUGUUUUAGAUUCCGUUCUUUCUGUUCUGAUGGGCUUGGCGACAUUUAUCACUUAUCAUUCACUAUUCAUUUUGAUAUUUUCUAUUUUCUUUGUUUUCUAUUUUUCACAAAUCUGUUUCUGCCUUGAGAUAAUUUGUUUUUUGUUAGCACUAAGGUUUUGUAAUACAUUUCGUCUUCGCCUUCACCAUUUUGAAGUCUGGUGUCGUUUGACAAAGAUCCAUUUCCAACAUGGCAGUUAAUGGGUCAGCGCGGUUGGGAGAGUCAUCACCACUGAUAAUCAGUCCGCAGCUGCUAAUUACUAGGCCUCUUUUUAGAGCACUUAGAGAAUGAAAAUGCGAUUAACACGUCUUGUUUCUCUCUGAGGACACGUCUCUACGAAAACGCCCUCCUGACCUAAGAAUAGUGUCAAUGUAGGGGAGAAUGCUUGGUUCUCAGCAUCCUUUGCCAUAGCUACCCCUUGUCCCACAUGGUAAUGGCCUGUCCACACUAGCAGGCAUGUCCAUCGGACACUUACAGCUGUUUAUAUUUGCUCUCGCUUCUGGAGCAGUGAUACCAGACAAUCGUAUUGUUCUGGCUCCAUUCUCGGUCGGGUGGUAUAGUGGAAUGGGUUAUGGGAACAGUGUCUGCCUGCCGGGCAGUGCCCGCUAGUGUGGAAGGGGCUUAAGAGGGGACAGGGUAAGUGUUUAAUGCUCUGGCCAGUGACAGGAUGAUGUAGUGGAGAAAAAAUCGACAACUUUGUACCCAUAGGGCGCAUCCUCAAACAUGUCAUAAAACACAGCGACAACUUAUUGCCUACAUAUCACAAACAUGUUGAAAACAAGGUAGCAACUGUAAGUGGAGAACGAACCUUUGGUCUGUACUGGAUGACUGUAUGAAAUAUUGGUUUGAACUAUCAAUAUGUCAGUAACUUGUAUUCAACUUGUAUUGAACAUGUUUGUGAUUCUGUGCAAUAAGUAGCGGAUGUGGUUAUGACUUAUUUGAUGUAAUUAUACUGAUAGUAGCUGUAUGUAUGUAUGUAUAUAUGUAUGUAUGUAUGUAUGUAUGUAUGUAUGUAUGUAUGUUUAUUUUCUCCUAUUGUAAAACUAUGAGAUCAUUGCAAUCAGGGAGCUUUCCUGUAAGUGAAACAGAUGAAUGAAGUGAAUUUUGUUGUAAGUAUUUAUUCAUUUAGCUUUAACGUGUAGAAAGAAAAUCUGUUUAUUGGAGUUCUAGUCAUCUAGAUACGGUGCAUUUCAGCCUGACGGUAAGGUAAGGUUAUCUACCGAGAAUAUUCCUCAAAACUACCGUAGAGGGAGUGGGAAGAGUAUAUCAAUAAUGAUACUACCACCACCACCACCACUACUACUACUACUAUAGCUGGUUCACUUAAGGUAGAUUCUUGGGUGAGCCUAUCCCUACGAGAUGUUUGUUUGGCAGCCACUGAUUGGCUGGGAGCUGCCUACCUCCCGGUACCAGCCAAUCAGCUGCCGCCAAACAAACGUUUCACAAUCAUAGGGCUCAUCCAAGAAUCUACCUUAAGUGAACCAACUAUAGUAGUAGUAGUAGUGUAGUAGUAGCAGUAGAUGCAUUUGGAAUAGCAAACAGAAGGGACAAAGUGAGGUGAAAGUAACAGCAGGGCCUCCCAUCUAAUUGACAAAAUUCGAGGACACCCAUUUCUAGCGCCUCAGUGGCAUGGUUGGUAUGGCCUUGGCCUGCCACCCCGGUGACCGCGAGUUCGAUUCUCGGGCAUUCCAUUGAGGGGUGAGAGAUGUGUAUUUCUGGUGAAAGAAGUUCUCUCUCGACGUGGUUCGGAAGUCACGUAAAGCCGUUGGUUCCUUGCAACGUAAAAACACUUGAAAAAAAAAAAAUACUCGAUUCUGCGCCUGCCCUUUAUACCUUCUUCUGCGUUCCUCCUUCAGAGUCAUGCGUGUAUUCUGCUCCUCCUUCAUUGACUAAGUGGCUUUGCCUCAUCCAACAACAAGCAGUCAUUUUUGUCUGUUUCCCAAAAUACUCUUGAUCCAGACCAGAGGCUAGUUUCAAGAACUCCGCAUACAUCACUGCUUUUCGGCGCCGAGUCUUUGUCCUGAAUUCUGUAUUCUAUUCUUUUCUAUUAUAGAUCACUGCUUCGUAUUUCCAGCUUUCGAAUUUUGCUCUCUCUCUCUCUGUCCAUUUUGGUGGCAUGACACGAUUACCAAACUGUGCGAAAUUAUAGUCCCGACACCAAUCUACGCAACUUCAGAGAGAGAGAGAGAGAGAGAGCCUGAAGACUUCUUUCACUUAUUAUUCUUAACGGACAGGUGCCCCGAAUACAUGGUAUGUUUGUGACACCUGCGAGAUGAUGAUGAUGACCCCUUCGCGUACAUAGUAUAUGGCAGGUGGUGAGGUGUAAAAUUUUCAUAAUAAUUAUUCCCCCCAGAGGGAUAAAGCUCACGCUAUCUUUUUAGCACAUUCUGUAUUCGCAUGUCCAGCCGCUCGCUCGAGCAGUCUGAUCAGUCUAUGCUGAAAGUGGGCCCCCCUUACAGCAACCCAUUAUUGCCCUGUAGGAGGCAAGAGCCCUUCUUCUUCUGCCCCUAUUUCGUAGCUACGCCAAGCCUUCUUCGUCGUCAGCAGCAGCAGCAGCCCCUGUGGUGGUGGUGGUGGUGUCAGCCAGCAUCGUUCGUCGGCGCCCUGUUUGGAGAUUGUCAGAAAAUGUUCCGUCCGGUGGUCCUAAAGUCUGCCCUGUGUCUUUUGGUGGUUGUGGUCGUCACGAGCCGUUUGCGACAUCUUCAGGCAUUGUUGGUCACCGGUACGGCGGAGGAACAAGUGGAAGAAGAGAUCAAAUUGGUACCAGAUCCCACAACUUGUGUAACACCUCCUUACGUGAGCUUCGAAAAAUUUCUGCAGUAUGAGACUCAAAAGCAAUACGAAUGUCAGAAACUGGUCUAUUUUGGAGUAGGUGAUGGCAGCAAAGGCGUCUGUAUGGACCCAGACUUCCUUCUCGACAAAAACAACUGCACCGUUCUCUCCUUCGGCAUCAAGGAUGACUGGACGUUCGACGAUUCUUUUGGAGCCUAUGGUUGCAAGGUGUACAGUUUUGACCCGAGUAUUGGGAAGAGCGAUCACCAACACGCGCCAAAUGUCAAGUUCUUCAACCUGGGCAUCAGCAACCAGACGGAAACAGCUCCCAUAAGGAGGAGGUCUUGCAGGCUGGAAACAUACGAAAAAAUCUUGAAGAGAAUCGGCCUGUUGGACUCUGUCAUCGAUUACCUCAAAAUGGAUGUUGAGCGCUCGGAGCUGAAGUUCUUCUACGAUAUUUUCACCAACACUCCACAUCUGUUGGCCAACAUCAAGCAGAUUGGCAUGGAGACGCAUUAUGAUGUCAAAGGCUACAAAGAACUGUUCUGGGACUAUUACCAUCGGCUAGCUUGCCACGGCUUCAAGCUCAUGGAUGCUCGCCAGUUCAAAGACGAACGCACCGAGAUAGUCUGGGGGCGCCCUUAGUCUGGACGCAUCUGGGUCCCAGAAGGAGGAGGAGGAGGAGAAGGAACAUAAAAAUGUGCUGCUGUACAAGAAGGAAGACAAACACUGUGAUGACACUUACAAUGCAGGGAGGGAGGAGACCCCCCUGCGUUGAGAGAUGAGGACUGUAACAUAUCACCGGUUGUAACUCAGAGUGUUAUUUAUGUUGUCAGUGACUACAAAUGGUCUAAGUUCUGUGUUCAUUUGUUAAAGUUUCAUAUUAUAUGUAUAAUUGUUA